CGUCAUCCCGUUCUACCAUCUGCGAGGACCGGAUUUGGAUGCAUCAUGGGUUCAGAGAGAGGGCGUUUGUACUACAUCUGACCAUUUGACCGUUGUAUAAAACCCCCGUUAUCCUAUCUCUUUCCAUCAUUCUUCCAUCAAACAUCAACAGUCAGUUCCAUCAACAUCUAAUACCAUCCACACAAACCAACACCAACACACAUUUACCACCUCACAACCUCCAACACCAACAAUGAAGCUCCUCGCCAUCCUAGGCAUCGCAAGCCUAGCUGCUGCUCUCGCGCCGCCUCCAGUCUGCGAGCAAUGUCGCCCGCUCCCUAACGAGAACAAAUGCGACAUCACCACGUCGUGCGUCUAUGUCUGGGGCCAUAAGGGCUCCACCCCGGCACCCUACUACUGCGCAUGCCGCGCCGGCUACAGAGCAACGGGAUACGGAGCCGACGAUUGGACUAAGCAGUGGAGACUGCCAUGGUAUGGAGGCAACGGAGAUCCGAGCCAAGAGGGAAGGGUUUUCGUUAAGCCCGGUGUUAAGUGCGAUACCCUUUGUGAUUCUUGGUGGUUGGGCGCGAAGGGAUGCCAGGAGGUGACGCUUAAGGAUAGCUGCUUGUAACCAGCCAUUGCGAGGGGAUGGUAGG